CCGGUAGCAACCACACCACGCAUUGCAUUACCACAACUACAGCGCGAACAAGAGAAGAGCAGGACAAGAACCAGCAGCAGCACACACGCGGCGACCAAGACGAAAUGGGCCUGUGUGUGUCGUACGACGCGGCGGCCGACGGCCCGGCGACCGCGAGGGUGGUGCUCCCCAGCGGCGAGCUCCGGGAGUACUCGCCGCCCGCGACGGCAGCGGCGGCUCUUGAGGAGGUGGGGCACCAGGAGUGGUUCCUCUGCGACGCCGACGCGAUGGGGUUUGAGGGCUCCGUCGCGGCGGUGGCCAGUGGCGAGGCGCUCCGGCCGGGGCAGAUCUACUUCGUGCUCCCGAGCGAUAUGCUGCGCCGCCGCCUCGCCCCCGAGGAGGUGGCAUCGCUCGCCGUCAAGGCCAGCGCCGCCCUCGUCAAGGCCGCCACCGCCUCGUCAACCCGAGGCCGGCGCCGUCGGGGCUCGGUGGCACCGCUCGUGUUCGAGCCGUCCGAGGAGGACUACUCGGCCGAAGAUAGCUUCACCUUGGCGACGUUCGCGGUGAAGCCGACGGUGGCGCAGAAACGGAGGGUGGCGUACCGAGGCGGCAGGUCGCCGCCGCGGUUCUCGCCCGACUUAACCGCCAUUUUGGAGAGCGAGUAGAGGUGCAGAGCACACGAGACUGCCAGAAAAGAAAAAGGAGGGCAUUUUUGCACAUGCUUGUGGAUAUGUGGAGUUAGUUUCUAGUGGUACUAGAAAUAGUCGCGUCUUCGGCGUUGUUAAUUUAUAUACGUCAGAAGCACUGUAUAAAUAUCGCACAUAAAGAUAUGUCAAUAUAAUGUAAAUAUUGCACCCGCGCAAAGAAUAUACUCUUUCUGU